GAAGGCAGUGGCCAAGGUGCUUGGGACAAGUGAGAUAGACCAGCCCAGCGCCAAGAACCAGGUAUCUGCAGGGAAUACAGCUCCAGGCCAGCAGUCUAGGACCCAGACAGCCCCAAGCAGUGCCAGCCUGGAGCCAGCAGAACCAGAGCGUGGGGCCAGGCACGCAUCCCGCAACUGGGUGCAGGAUAUGUGGGCACAGAGCACGGCUUUACACGGAUGGGGUGACAGCACAAGCCAGGGAGGGGACAGCCGAGCUCUGGCCAGCACAGGGCAGGGGCUGCUGGAGGAGCCAUCCCAGAGCAAAGUGUCACAGCCAUGGCCCUGGUGCGACAGCGCAGGGAGCCGGUGCCAGCAAUGCCCAUCCCCGGAGGUCCAGCGGGCCCUGGCCAGGGCACAGCGGCAGCGGCUGCGGGCUCAGCACUGCCGGCAGCUCCAGCGAGAGCUGGGGGCUGGCACUGUGCCGGCCCAGGAGCACAGCGGGGAGUGGGACACAGAGCGCUGGCAGCGGGAGGUGACCGCGCUGGGCCUGAUUCUGGAGGCAGCGCUGCGGGAGCGGGAGGCGGCCGAGUGGCACCUGGAGGCCCUGCUGCACUGUCACCGCCAGGAGAUGCAGGCCUGCAGACAGCACCUGCUGCAGGUGCUCCGGGACCAGCAGCGCCUGGCGGAGGAGCAGCGGGCGGCCCUGGAGCGCCGGCACCGGGCGCUGCUGCAGAAGGCGCUCCAGGACGCUGCGGAGCUCGCCGAGCACAACCAGCGCCUGCGGGACACCCGACGGGCAGGCACGGCCGAUGCCACCACACAGAUCCCCUGAGCCACGCCCGGGGCGUGGGGACAGCUGGCCUGGCAGGAGCGGGUCCCUGCACCGAGCCACCGGCGGUACCAGGAGACUGGGCAGCCCCAGGCACAUGAGUUAUCCCAGGCCUCCGGCUGCUGCUCCCGAGGGAAAGCCUGCUCUCUGCUGGGAAUGUGGCUGUGGGAGCACAGGCUCAGCCUGGCGGGAGGGCUGCAGCCACAUGGAAUA